AUGCCAACAUUUGGAUCUCUUCCACUCAACAUCAGCAACAUGGACACAGCCUCUGGUCGCUUCGGCGCCCCCUCCUCCCCAAAGUUCUGGCGCUCGCUGCCUCGGGAGAUCCAAUUAAUGAUACUAGAUUGUCUUUUUGCCAAUUACCUACCCAAGCGAACAGACGCAGCUCCUGGAAAAAUGUGUCGAAUAUCUGCUCUGAGUCCCGUGUGCAAGGACUGGCAGUACCUGGUCGAAACACACACCUUUCGUCGUCUAUCCCUUAAGGUGCCGGAUCUGCCAAGGUUUAGCAAAUUUGUUGAAGGAAAGAAUGCCAUCAGGCUCAACCACAUUAGGCAUCUCUCGUUUCGAAUCGAGCUCACCCCAUACACCUGUCCGACCUGCAACAAGCCCGAGAAAAGAGCCACGAUUGCCCGGAACAAUCAGGUUUUUACCUCUGCUCUAGUACGUCUACUAAAGGUUCUCUCAUAUUGGGACCGCACACAUGGAGGGCUUACGUUGGAAAUUACCGCCCUCUCGCCCAGCGAUGUUGAGCACCAUGGCUACGAGCCUGAACUGGCACAUGACUAUCCAUUCCAGCUUGAGGAAGAUCUGGAACAGUCUCCCAGCUUUCGGGAAUAUCACACUACAAAGUCUGCUGAGCCUAGAGCAUUUUCAAAUCGUCACAUGAGGGCGGCUCUAGUGAGGCUCCAUGGCACACCUCUUGAGAUGACGCCGCUGUCUCAGAAAGGCCGCCGAAAGCCAAGCCCAACACUGUCUGAAACUCCUAUUGUCAAAGGUUUCCUUAUCCGCCGGUCGUUUGUCAGGGGGUUUGCACUCAGCACGCUUGCAAAGCUCUUCAAUGAGAGCCUAGUAGCCUUGGAGUGGUUUCGUUUCGAACGAUGGGCUUCUUUCACGUACCAUGAAGAGAUAGCCUUUUAUACUGAUCUGCGGGCCUUUUUGAUACCUGCCUUGCCUCAAACCGUCAAGAGGCUGUCCUUCAGCCAGUGGCCAAGAUGGAAGCCACCUUGGAUGCAUGACACCUUCGAUCAGAUCGACUUGCGCAAGUCCCUCUCCCGAGUCCUAGCGCCAUUGGUUUUGCAAUUGACCGAGUUCUGCCCUCCUGAUCUUAUGAACCUCUCAGAGUUUUUAGAUCAACUCGGCCAGAUGAGUGGCCGUUCUGGAGAAGCCAAGCUUGAGCUGCUCUCCAUCAAAGGUGGUAGAUUCGCCCAGUGUUGCGUGACAAAAAUGUUGACCCUAACCGCUGCGGCAGCAAAGGCAUUGCCACGGCUGCGCAUUCUAGAGGUGUGGCAUGACACUCGUGGGUAUGAGUACCUCUUCCGAUAUACGCAGUCUAACAAUCAAGCUACUAUAACCUGGAUGAACGGUGGGAAAGGGUAUCCUCUGGCGCCUGAGGUCCUUGAAGCGUGGGAGGGCGUUGCCUCAGCAGAACACAUCAUCCUUGCCGCUCAAGAAUUUCUCACUCCUGGCCAGGCCCUGCUCGUCUCCAUCAGUCGUGUCCAUCAACUCCAUGCCGACCCAGCCUUCUUCGAGUCCAUCCCCGACUUCAAUCAACCAAGCAUCAUCCUUUUCAUCAAUGAUAACAUGAAGGGAUUAGCGUCUGCCUACACUAUUCCCAGCUUAUGGAGGAGCUAG